GAGCCGAAAGCGAACCGGAGGAAGCCUCGAACGAGUAGAUAACUAGCACAAGGGGGAAGAGAAAAAGAAAGGGGGAAGGAAAUUGAAUUGGAAGCGCAAGCAAUCCGCAAACCCUUUCUAGUGUCUUCCCCCUCCUCGAUUCGCGCGGCUUCAUCAUCGGCGGCGGCGGCGAUGGCGCGGAAGAGGAAGACGGACGCCGCGCCGCGGCUGGACGAGGCCGAUCGCACGCUCUACUCCACCUUCUGCGGCGCCGCCAACUCCCUGUCGCAGCUCUACACGCAGGCCAUGGCCCAGCAGAAGCUCUCCUUCCAGGCCGGCGAGCGCCACGCCUUAGAAAAGCUCUACCAGUGGAUCUUGAGGAAGCACGAUGAAGAGGCAAGGCUCACUGUAGCUGAAAUAAUGUCUCAUAUCCAGCAUGAGAUAGAUUAUGGAGGUACUGAUGCACAUGUCUCCCCAAGAGUAAAUCAGCAUCCUCAGAUUGCAAAUCCAUUCACCAAUUCAGUUGUCCCACCUGGAACUGGUUUGUAUGGGCAAUCAGCACCUGGGUUUGCUCCUAGACCCAGCGUCACUGACCAGUCAAAGAAUACAAUAUUCUCUAAUGCCUUAUCAAGCCCAGUGCGCAGGAGUCUCCAGAACUAUCACAUCACUCAAGGUGCUGGCAAUGGAGGCCGGAAUGCUGAAGCAAACUUAGCAGGGGCUAAUAGAGAGACCAAUUCUGCAAGCUCCAACGACACUUCUAUGGAUAUGGUUGCAGACAGCGCCGGGAAUGAAUUCUACCAGUGAUUUGCAGUCAGAUGUUUCUGCGAUCAAGAAGUGUCGCAUGCCAGUAUUGUCUGUGCUUUUUUGGCCUGCCUUUUGUUGAUAUUUUCACCUAAGCUCUCACCUUAUGUGAGCAAUGUAGCUGCACAUCUGGUGAUUCUGGUUUGUUUAAGUUAUUUGGUAUUUUAUAAGUUGAAACGUGUUGGGCAUGCUUUAUUUCCCACAGUGUGUUCGUGAGUUCAAUAUUAUGAAUGUAAAUGCAGAUUGUGUUGUGAUAUAUUCUGAUAUAGGAAGACUGAACUCGCUGAAACUCGAUAAAACUUCUCAAUGCGGGGCAGCAGAACAUUUAUGUAAGAGUAAAAUGCAUGGUUAGUCCA